UUAUUUCAUUAUUAUUUUAUCAUCUUUGCUGUUAAACAAACACACCUUGAGUUACUUCCCAUAUCGUCCUUUUUGCUCCAUCCCAGAUGAAAAAUCUGUCAAAGGAAAUUGUUUGAAGGUCAGACUCACCAUGAGCAGAGCAGGAUAGAGACAAGCCUCCAUUGGAACAUUGUUCAUGGUCCUUUUCUAAUAAGGGUGUCACCCCACUGCAUUCCUGACGCUGACACUGUAAACCAUAAAAAGGAUGUAAAAUGACACAUACAAGGAUAGCUGACCCCCCCCGAAAAAACUAAACAUUCUCUACCAGAGAAAAGCAAUAAAUACGUGGUGGCCCUUAUCGUUCAAUAAGCAUCUCUGGUAGACUACUCGCUGAUCUGCAGCUUCCAUCCAGCAGAGGAAAGCCCCUCAUUCUACAUCACCAAUGACGCAGCGGAGGUUUCCCGGGCAGAUUAUCGACCAAUGAAUGCAGGGCUCUCUCCCCGGGCCCCCACCCGGGCCCCCACCCGGGCGUCUCGCGUCACACCUGGUCUGCUCGUAUUUCCUCUGGGGAAACCGCUGGUUUGGGCCCUGGACUCUCCGUCAUAAUAACGCACCAAUGAGACCCUUAGUGAUGACUAAUGUGUUUCCAAUAAAGAGACUUUGUGUGUGUUUGCAGGAUGAAAUACACAUUAACCAAAGGUAUUGUUUUGCUCUCUUAGACUACACUGACUGCGUGCUGAAGGUGAGACCAAAGAAUCAUUAAAGAGUUGUCAAACUCAGUCAUUUCGUUGCAAUAUACUACUUGACCUCUUUGUGGUGGUGUGGUGCUAUAAAACACAUCCCUACAUUUCACACAAAGCUAAACCCUGGACUUGCUUCACAUUCCGGUCUGUACAGCAUUUGCAGGAUAUGUCUUCUGUUCACAUUCACAAUCAUGUCAUAUUUAGCCUUGAGCAAAUCAUCAUAUGCAACAACCACAAAUGGGAAGCUUGUUAUGUAAUGACACCAGACACUGUGAUAAUGUCAAAGGGAUGGUACAUCUGUGUCAUCAACAUCUACACAAACAAGGGUGGGACAAGUAUUUCUCAACAGGCUGCAGUGGUAUUUCUUUCACGUUUAAUCCUUGUUAAGAUAAUUAAAACCCUCGCUGAGCCACUGGACACUCCGAAACCACAAAACUAGGUGCCCUCACGCUGAACCAAAAACACCUGAAUGUGUUAAUUGGAGUCACAUUUGCGAAGCUCCGUGAUUGUAGCGUCAGCGUGCUUGUUAGUUAUGUUUAUUGGUGGCUAUUAAUGAGUAACUGGGGGAACUACAGGGAGCGGAGGUCUUCUCGUAGGGAAAAGAAGCGGCGCUCGCCUGCAGACUUGUGGCUCAGCCGCUUCUCACGAAAAGACGGCGGUUGUGUCAUUUCUCACAAAACAACUCGAACUUCAGGAGCGAGAGAGAUGACCGUGGUCACCGUUUGACAUUUGGCAUCGAAAGGGUUUUAAGUCUGCUGUCAUGACCUCCGUCACGGGCCCGUCCCUUCUAACUCUGGUCUGUCUGUGCUUGCAGCUUCUGGGCUCACGUGCAGCUUCCUCCGCCAGCACCAGCCUGUGGGGCAAGAAGCUGCUGUUUAGGGCCCGGCCGUGCAUGUGGCAGCUGCAGCGAGGCGCCGCGGCCCCGGAGCUGGAGGAGCUGAGUGCGUGCAUGCUGUUAAACCGCACCCACGGAUCAGGGUGGACAGGCUUUGACUACAAACCCCCCGGGGGAGGACCCGAGGUGCUGGGACUCGAGGGCACAGGUACACAACUUUCCGUAUGGCUGUUUGGAGAGAAACACAACCUGCCCACGGGCUUGAAAUUAAACGAACGGCACACCGUGUGCCUGACCUGGUCGGGCCCGGCCCGCAGGCUGCGGGUCUACGUCAAUGGAACCAGAGAGUACAACGCGUCCGUGAGCCCCGAGCUCCCCCGGCGCCUGGCCCUGAGCGGCACCCUCACCCUGGGGCAGUCUCAUUUCAUAAACGCCGCGGGGGAGGUGAAGCCGGUGUCCGGCACGGAUCUGCUGGGUGAGAUCGCCCUCUUCAGGGUGUGGGCUAGGGAGUGGAGCGCCGAGGAGCUGAGGGGGCACAGCUGUGCCGACGGAGACGUGGUGAGGUGGGACCUGAGUCAGUGGAGACACAACUGUCCGCCCGAGCCCGACGACCGGCUCCACUGUGCAUGGUCGCUUUACAAAGUCAACAUGCGGACGUUGGAUGUUAACUCUACGAAGCCUGCAAAUUGUUCAGGGUCACUCGAGGAGGUUGCAAGAAACUGGUUGGAGAGCAUUUUCCCUCGUAGCAUUUCAGUCCAUAACAUCCUGGUUUCAUCCGAGAGCCGUAACUGCCGUGUGGUUGAUAAUUCUACUGCUCCACCUGCGCAACAAUAUCAGGGAUCAAGAGCACCGUCAAACUCCAACUGUAACACGUGUUUCAGGUGUGAAUUCUACGUGAAAGUGGACCCGGCUGCUGACGUGGAGGUGGUUCAGGCGAACAUGGCUUCGUUGCUGAGUUCGACCUUCCCCCACAGCCUGACGGCCGACCCCGACACCAUCAGCGUGCUGCCUGUGGAGUUUCUCCCUGCAGUGACAGAACCCCCGCCGACGGCCACCUCUGGUGCACAAACACAAGACAUGAGACCGACUCAAAGUCCGUCAGCUGAUCCCACCAACGUGUCCCCAACAACAACAACCGCGGGAGAUCCCCCCGAGCAGAACGAGACCCUCAUCGGACCAGACACAUUCUUCAGAGUCAAUUUGACUUUACGUGUGUACGGCAGCCCCACAAACCCAAAGCAGAGUGUCAAGAAAUGGGUGAAGAACAAGCUGGAGGCGAAUGGCACCAUGACUGUGCUGAAUCUCAUUACAAAGGAGAACGUUGGCAGCAACACGGAGCAGCACAAUAGACUGAUGAUUUCCCAGAGGCAACAAAAACAAUAUUACUGCACCUUCCACGUUCAAGAAUACAGCCAAAACAGUUUGGCAGAAAGUGAAAGGUUUAUUACCGCCGCCCUGACAUCGGGGUACGAAACCGACUCCUUCGCUAUUCAAACUAUAGGUGUGGCGAUCAAACACAUAGUGCCAGCAAACUGCUUGGAAGAAACUACCUCUACAUUCUAUGGAACGUACAUUUGGCCUGAAGCCUUUCCACAAGUCAACCAAGAGAUGGGAUGCAGAGAGCCGCAGUCAGAGAGAGCCUUCAGGCUUUGUAAGUUAGACAUUGAAACGGACACAACCAGCUGGGCUAAACCCGAUAUGAAACAAUGCAAACCGCUCGUGAUCAUAUCAGACCUUGAAAACAUCACUGUCACCACGGGUAACAUGGCUGAGGUCGUGGACGUCAUUCAGGACCUCGUCGAUGUUCAGUUGGGUGAGAGCGCGGAGCUCUCCUCCUCCCAGCUGGAUGCCGUGGUGGCGAAGCUCUGCGAGGUGGUGGACAUCAGCAGCAUCACGCCUGCGCUCGCUGCCAACAUCGUCAAUAUUGUUGCGGAUAUCCUGGUUUCCAAAACCCAUGUCGCUCCUUUGGCCGGCGUCCUCCUUAAUCUGACCGACAGAAUGGGGAACGACAUGGAUUUCCAAGAUGAGUCCAUCAGCAUAACCGCCCCCUCGAUGGCGCUGUCCAUGAUCAACGUCGGUCAAAACGACUUCAGCGGCCUGACCUUCGGCGUGUCCUGUGUUUCUCCUGACCUGAAGCCACAGGUUUUUUUCAACAACGACAUUGUGGGCGAACUGCUCCCCGACACUAACGCGACUAUCUGUUUGCCCUCCGAACUCAACACCUUUUUCCCUUCCGGAGAGAGAAAUACAACCCGUGUCCAGUUUCAGUUCUAUGCAACAGACGAUCUUUUUCAGGACCCAAACAUGACCAACUCAACACAGAGCAGCUGGACACUGAAUUCCUUCGUAGUGUCUGCGAGCAUCAACAACAGCCGUAUCAGCAACCUGAAGGAGCCGGUGGUUGUUUGCCUCAGACACCAAACAAUCAAACAACCAGAAGACGAGGUCCAGUGUAUGUUUUGGGAUUUCCUGAAAAAUGGUGGGCAGGGUGGUUGGAGCGGCGCAGGUUGUGAAACCCGCAGCAUUUCUGCUCAUGAGACCAGCUGCCUCUGUGAUCACCUCACACAUUUCGCCGUGCUCCUGGAUGUAUCCAGAACACACGUCAGCGGAGCUCAGAGCCAGAUUCUGACAGUGAUCUCAUAUCUCGGCUGUGGAAUCUCCUCCAUCUUUCUCGGCAUCACACUUGUCACCCACCUUGCUUUUGAAAAGCUGCGUCGCGACUACCCGUCUAAGAUCCUCACUAACCUGUCCGCUGCCCUGCUGGGGUUGAGCAUGCUCUUCCUUCUGGACUCGUGGCUCUCCUCCUUCUCCAACUACAGUCUGUGCAUCGCCACCGCUGCCGCGCUGCACUAUUUCCUGCUGGCCUCUUUCACCUGGAUGGCCCUGGAGGCCGUGCACAUGUACCUCGCCCUGGUCAAGGUCUUCAACAUCUACAUUCCCUCCUACAUCGCCAAGUUAUGUGCUCUGGGAUGGGGUAUUCCUCUGGUCGUAGUCAGCUUGGUGCUCACCAUAGAUAAAGACGCCUACGGCAGCAUCGUGCCUGACGAGUCUGCAGUGGCGCUGCAGUCCGCUGAACAAUUCUGCUGGCUGCAGGACGACGUCUUCUUCUACGUAACCGUGGUGGCCUUUAUCCUCCUGAUCCUGUUGUGCAACACCUUUGUAUUCAUCGUGGUCCUGAUCCAGAUCAGACAGAUGAGGGCCAACAAGCAGCCAACAAGCGGCCUGAGCUCGUUGCAUGACUUGAGGGCUGUGGUCAGUCUCACGGUGCUGUUAGGCCUGACGUGGUCAAUGGGAUUCUUCUCCUUUGGGCCCGGCAAAGUGUUCGUGAUGUACCUGUUCUCCAUCUUCAACUCCUUGCAGGGGUUCCUUGUCUUUUUGUUCCAUUGUUUGAUGAAGGAGAAUGUGAGGAAACAGUGGAGAGUCUUCUUGUGCUGCGGACGUUUCAGACUCAGUGAAUACUCAAACUGGAGCCGCUCUGCGACAGCCGGCUGCAAAAAGAAUCAUCUUGUCAACUCCGACUCCGGCGCGUCUGACACCACAGAGAAAGGACUCUGACUCGUCCAAGGGAUCCGCGCCGGAGCACCACCAGGGAGCGUGAGAGGGCCAAGACCCACCGAUCCUGCACAAACUGCAGACGUCAGAUCAGCUGCCUGUCGAUUAUGGGAACGAAUCAAAUGAACUCGCGGUUUAGUUGGUUACAGUGGCUCCACGGGCACUUCUGAAACACUAUAAGCAGGAAUAUUACAUUCAAAAAAAUGAAAACAGUCCGUUCAAGGCCCAGUGAAGACGACAGUGAAGACGUGUGCUCUGAAGUGCACAUUGAAUGCCAUCAGCUCAAAUUUACUCUACGGUUUACACCACAGCUUUCACUGUGCAGGUGAAUCCUAAUACAACACAAACAAAUAGUUAGUGUUUGUAAAACCUCUAAUUGCAAAUGAAUGAGUGAAGUAAACUUUGCACAGGAAGCCGCUGUAAGAGCUUUCCAUGUAAAUGUGUCGUGAAUGUAAUGGAAAAGACAGUAUGUGUAACCAAUAAUUGUAUUAAUGCAUAAUAAAUUAUAGUUGUAUCCCCGUA